GCGGGGCGGGGGGCUGGCGGCGGUGUCGCCGCCGUCGCUGGCGGUGGCCCGGCUGGAUGGCCGGUCCCGCGGCUGCCCAGGGCGCCGGGCUCUCUCGCAUCCCGGGGCCGAGCGUUCCCUCCGCCCGCAUCGCACUGCAUGCUGUAACUCACCACUGAACCAACGCAUUUGGAUCAGUUCAAAGCAUCAGAAACUUCAUCCACACAGACUGAUGCCAUCUGGGCACUCUCCAGACACUGUGAACUGAAGUUAAAAAUCUUUAUGGAGUUCAUAACACCUGGGUCAAAAGGAAUAUUCUUCUGAUAUACAAAGAGGACCCUUACUGCCAGUAUGACGAGCCAGGAGAAGUGGGUUAACCUAAGCCCUGGAGAGUUCUCUCAGCUUCAGAAAUAUGCAGAAUAUUCCACCAAGAAAAUUAAGGAUGUCUUAGAAGAAUUCCAUGGCAGUGGUGUGUUAGCAAAGUAUAAUCCCGAAGGGAAACAAGAUAUACUUAAUCAAACAAUAGAUUUAGAGGGUUUCAAGUUGUUCAUGAAGACUUUCCUGGAGGCAGAGUUACCAGAUGAUUUCAUUGAACACCUUUUUACAUCAUUUAGGAACAAAAUCUCUCACUGCAGCCCAUUAAUAAAAAACAAACCACAGCACCUUUCUGGAGGUAAGGUGUCUGAAGAGAGAUGGAAACAGAUGCCAGGUCUGAGACUUAACAAGGGUACCUCUACAUCCAGACCUCCUACUCCUGCAAACUCACAUUUACCAGAUAUGAUACAGCUGAAGGAUAUUGUUUGCUAUUUGUCACUGCUAGAAAGAGGAAGACCUGAAGACAAGCUAGAAUUUAUGUUUCGCUUGUAUGAUACAGAUGGGAAUGGAUACCUGGAUAGUUCGGAGCUGGAAAAUAUCAUUGCUCAAAUGAUGCAUGUUGCAGAAUACCUUGAAUGGGAUAUUACUGAAUUAAGUCCAAUUCUUCAUGAAAUGAUGGAAGAAAUUGACUACGAUCAUGAUGGCACUGUUUCCCUAGAAGAGUGGAUCCAAGGAGGAAUGACAACAAUCCCACUCUUGGUUCUUCUUGGGUUAGAAAAUAAUGUGAAAGAUGAUGGGCAGCAUGUAUGGAGAUUGAAACACUUCAACAAGCCUGCCUACUGUAAUCUUUGUUUGAACAUGCUGAUCGGAGUAGGCAAGCAAGGUCUCUGCUGUUCUUUUUGCAAGUAUACAGUCCAUGAACGCUGUGUCUCCAGAGCUCCUGCAUCUUGCAUCAAAACAUAUGUGAAGUCUAAAAAGAAUACUGAUGUAAUGCACCAUUUUUGGGUAGAAGGAAACUGUCCAACAAAAUGUGAUAAGUGUCACAAAACUAUAAAGUGUUACCAAGGCUUGACUGGACUUCAUUGUGUUUGGUGUCAGAUUACAUUACAUAACAAGUGUGCUUCACAUCUGAAACCUGAAUGUGACUGUGGACCUUUGAAGGACCAUAUUUUACCACCCACAUCAAUCUGCCCAGUAGUAUUGGAAAGACAAGCAACAGUGAAAAAAGAAAAGAGCUGCCCUCAGCAAAUGAACAAACUGGGAGAACGGAACAAAAUGCAAAGAGCAAAUUCUGUCACUGUAGAUGGACAAGGCCUUCAGAUCACUCCAGUUCCAGGCACUCAUCCACUUUUAGUUUUUGUCAAUCCUAAAAGUGGUGGGAAACAAGGAGAAAGAAUAUAUAGAAAAUUUCAGUACCUUUUAAAUCCUCGUCAAGUUUAUAGUCUUUCUGGAAAUGGACCAAUGCCAGGGUUAAAUUUUUUCCGAGAUGUUGCUGAGUUCAGAGUACUAGCAUGUGGUGGAGAUGGAACUGUGGGCUGGAUUUUGGAUUGCAUAGAGAAAGCAAACUUGAUUAAGCAUCCUCCUGUUGCUAUCCUGCCUCUUGGGACUGGCAAUGAUUUAGCAAGGUGUCUGAGAUGGGGAGGAGGGUAUGAAGGUGAGAAUUUGAUGAAGAUCUUAAAAGACAUUGAGAAUAGCUCAGAGAUUUUACUGGACAGGUGGAAAUUUGAAGUAAUACCCAAUGAUAAAGAUGAGAAAGGAGACCCAGUGCCUUACAACAUCAUCAAUAACUACUUUUCUAUUGGCGUGGAUGCUUCAAUUGCCCACAGAUUCCAUAUCAUGAGAGAAAAACAUCCAGAGAAGUUCAACAGUAGAAUGAAGAACAAAUUUUGGUAUUUUGAAUUUGGCACUUCGGAAACUUUCUCAGCCACCUGUAAGAAGCUGCAUGAAUCUGUAGAAAUAGAAUGUGAUGGAAUUCAGCUGGACUUAAUCAAUAUCUCUCUGGAAGGAAUUGCCAUUCUAAACAUCCCAAGCAUGCAUGGUGGAUCGAAUCUUUGGGGAGAAACAAAGAAAAGACGUAGCCACCGUCGGACAGAAAAGAAGAGGUCAGAUAAAAGAACCACCGUUACAGAUGCCAAGGAACUGAAGUUUGUAUGCCAAGAUCUAAGUGACCAGCUUAUGGAAGUGGUUGGUCUGGAAGGAGCCAUGGAGAUGGGACAGAUAUACACAGGUCUGAAAAGUGCUGGAAGACGCCUUGCCCAGUGCUCAUCUGUUGUCAUCAGGACCAGCAAGUCUCUGCCUAUGCAGAUAGAUGGAGAGCCUUGGAUGCAAACUCCUUGCACGAUAAAAAUCACUCACAAGAACCAAGCUCCCAUGCUGAUGGGACCACCUCCAAAAACCGGUCUUUUCUCUUCUAUCAUCAAAAGAACAAGAAACCACAGCAAGGAAUAAGCCUAUGUAGUUUAGUUAAAAAAAAAAAAAAAAAAAAAAACAAAACAGAAAAAAAACAAAACCAACCACAAUUAGCUUUGUUGGGCUUUGGAAUAUUUAUGCUGGAAAUCUUUCAAGAAUUUUAGAAUAUCUUCUAUUUGCAAAAUCUUGGAUUUUGGUUUAACCGUUCUGUAGCUGAGCUGAUGUAAAACUAUGCUACUAGAAAAAAAUGUUGUCACAGUUUUGUAGGCAUUUUGCAUGGUGAAAGCAGAUGUUUACAUACAGUGAAACAGCAUAUUUUUUGUUGCAUGCGUUACCAUUUACUAAUCUAUGGUCUAAUUCUGCCAUGGAAUAUGGGAAAAGAAUGUCAUGGGUAAUUUGAUUUUCUCUCUUUUCCGUUUCAGCUUUUUCUACUACAAUUAACAUACGUCAUAAGUUCAAUACUGUCUCCUCAAUCAAAUAUUUUUGAUUGAAUAGUCAAUCUGACCUGUUUCAGAGUAAAAUCAUUGCAGGUCUCAUUAACCUGUAUUUUUAGUUUAUCAUUUCUUUCUACCCUGAGAAUAUUUUUAUUCAACUAAGUAUUAAAAUCUAGUAACUUAUUCUGAUAACUCCUAUGUACAUGAGUAACUGUACCUGCUGAAAACAUCUAACAAUAUGCACAGUAUUCAAAUGAUCAUGGUUGUUCUUGUGUAGGUUUUUUUUAAGAUUACAAGUUGAUGAAAGUUGGAGCAAAAAUGGAGACUAAGAAGAUCACGCUGAGUGAAGAUAAUAAUACUUGCAAACUAGCCAUCAGUGUUUGUUGAAACCCUAGAAUUAUUUUCAUGAGCAAUACAUCUCUGUAACAUGGUAAACUUUAAAUCAUUCUGCACAUUGACCAAUAGCAUAGUGCAUAUGCACACAAAUAACCAAAGCUCAUGCCUAAUUAAAGUGCAUUUCCCACCAAAGAUUUAGUGAAGGAUGCUUCAGAGAAAUGGGUUAAUGCAUAAUUAAUCAAACUCACUGGAGUAGACUCACUUCUGAAAAUUUACAGUUCUUUUGAUUGCAUUGUCAAUGUCCAGACAAAUGGGGUUAGGGAAAAACAUUAAAUUAAUUUCAAGUAAAUACUCACUUUUUAUUUGUUCAGUGAGUUGAUUGACAUAGUAACAUAUGCUAAUUAUUGAAACAUAGAUAUGAACUCUAAGUAUUGGAAACUUAAACUUAUUUUUUUGUCAUAAUAAUUUAUAAAUUUAUGGCAUCCAUAAUUACUCAUCCCCUAAGUUAAUCUCUGAAGGAAAUGAUGAACUGUUGUCUAUUACCCUUUUGUAAUCUACUAUCUGGAAUCCAAAAUUUCUUGUCAUAAAUUUUGGUGAGGCAGUUGCUCAGGUUUUAACUUUCUUAGCUCUCUGAGAGACUUCCUAACAGCUUAGAAAACACAAUACAGGGAUUUGUCUGAGGUUUGCACAGCACUGUCUAAUGUUGAAGGGAAGUCCAAGAAUGGCAAGUUUUUUAGUCUUGCAUAUUAACAAUCUCAAAAUUUUGUGCAGUCUUAACAUUGUUCUUUGUUCAGAGUGAGCUGCUUCUCAGCUCUGCAUGUCUUAAGUUCUCAGCGAUUUCAUAAAAAAAAAGGAAAAAGUAAAACUUUGCUUGAAAUGCAUGAUUUCCCAUUUUUAUCCAGACUUCAAAAUGUUAAUUAUUUAUUAAAUCUAUUUUUCUAUUGAUUCAUUCAUCCAUUUUAAAAAUAAUACUUCAUCAUGCUGUAGUGCACGGUACUGUGCAUGUAUUUAAAUAAAGUUAAUAUCAUUUAUUUGUUCCUCAGUAUAAGAAUUCAACAGAGUCCUAAUUUAUAUAAUAGACACUAAAAUAAAAGUCAGUAUAUAGUUGGUAAGGAUUAUGUCUUUGAAAUAUACAGUCUAUGUUCUGUAAACAUUAGGAGGUAAAUGCCAAUUAAUGUUUUGUUCAGCAUUAGGUAGAAAAAUAUGAAGGUGAUUAUUCGCUAAAAUUAAGAUCUUGUAAUUCACCAUUCUUGGGUCCAGUGGUGUUGACAUUUACAGUUACCAUAGGAGUAAACUAGUAUUUUUCCUGUGCAUUGCAAACACACACACACACAGAAGCAUUUGAUGCACUGAACUACAAACAUGUGUAAGUACAGAGCAAAGGUUAUUUGCAAAAAGAAGGAAUUUGCUGAUACAAUAUUACGUAAAGUGUAUAUUGGUUUUAUGAAAUUAUGGUUACAGGUGAUAAAUAUUUUCACAUAACUUGACAUAGGAUUUUCUACCAAUGCUCUUUUUGUGGCAAAAAUGUGUUUAAGAACAAUAUAUAAUGUGUUCUCUAUGAUUAUCUCAUGAACAUUGUAACUCUGAAAACAAAUAAAAUUAUA